AUGGGAUUCCCAAAGUAUGUUUUGUUGAAGUCCAUGUACAACAACAAGUACCUGCGCUGCAUCGACGAAGCAGGGAAGCAGCAGGGGUUCCUGCAGUUCUCCGGCGACGAUGCUGCGAGCCUCGAUUCGAGGUUCGAAAUCAUCACAACAUCCAGUGGACUCAUUCACCUCAAGUGCUGUUCCAAUAACAAGUACUGGCAGAGAUCGUCGCCGAGCCAGUGGUGGAUCCGGUGCGGCCCUGCUGCCAGCCCUGUAAAAACACAAUCGAAUUGGUCCUGUACGCUGUUCGAGCCCGUCCCUGUGGACGGUCUCGACGGGGUGUUCCGGUUUCGCCACGUCGAAUUGAAGCAGUACGCCGGCUCGUUCAACAGCGGGCCACCUUUCGGCGACUGCUUGUACGCAGGAUCCGAAGAUCCCAACGAAGAGGACCUGCGCGACGUCUUCGUGGUCAUCGACGCGUCGUCGUCGUCCAAGAAACCGCCUAGGAAAAAUGUUACCACCACAUUGCCGAGCUUUGUAGCAAUCAAAUCAAGGUACAAUCACAAGUACGUGCGGUACAGGGGUGGUCACGGCGACGAACAAGAGGGUUUCCUCCAGGUUUCGGAGGAGAACCCUGCCGCAAUUGGCGGGUAUGCGAAAUUCGAGGUGGUCAGGGCCAAGAACGAUGGUGAAUUGGUGCACCUGAAGUGCUGCUCCAACAGCAAAUACUGGAGGAGUUCGUCCCAAGGUCGGUGGUGGGUUAGCGGGUCGGCUGCGAAACCGAAGGAGAAUUCGUCCGACUGGGCGUGCACGCUGUUCAAGCCUGUCUAUGUCGACGGUGGCGGCGGCGAUGGUACGUCGGUCCGGCUCCUGCACGUUCAGCUUGGACGGUAUGCUUGCUUGUUCAGGAGCGAUUCGGCGUUCGGGGGCUGCUUGUACGCGGCUUCUGACGAUCCUAGUCCGGACAUGGCUGAUGUGUUUACAUUCGUCGAUUGGGAGUCGUUCGAAUCCAAUGAAGAAGAAGAAGACUAUGAUGGUGGAGAUUCAGGGGAAGAAGAAGAAAAUGUUGUUCCGCCGAAACGACCACCGCCCUCCAGCAAAGGAAGCCAUAGCAGCGGGAAGGGAACCUGGGAGGAGAAACAAACUAAGCCUGGCGGCCAAACUGACAGAAAACCAAAAACCCGUCCUCCUGGUGGGACUCCGUCCAAUCGAGAAGGCUCUGAUGGCGGAGAUGCAGGGGAAGAAGAAAAUGAUGCUCCACCAAAAAGACCACCGUCCCCCAACAAAGGAAGCCAGAGCAACAAGAAGCGGUUCUGGGAGGAAAAACCGACUAAGCCUCGCCGCCAGCGCGAGAAAGAACAAAAAAAAUCCGGCCCUCGUGGGGCUCGAUCCGAUCCGGUAGGCGAAACAGAGGAUGGAGAUCCCAAGGCCGUCUCAGACGGGGAAGAUCGAGACGGUCCUACACCUCAAGAGAGGAGACGAGAAGACAAAGAAGUUCGCGGUGAAUAUGGAUCGGAUGGAGAGGAUGGCAGGAGCAAUCCGAACAGACAAAAGUGGAAAGAAGGUUCAGAGGCAGAGCAGAAGCAGGGGAUUACCAAGGCGAAAGGGAGUUACGAAAUGGAGUUUACCAUGGUGCCUCCUGCAAAUGAAUUGUGGGGAGCUUUGUUUGCCUCCAUGGAAACGAUCCCCCCAGCUGUCCCCGAUUGGUACUCUUCGAUUAAAGAAGUUAAAGGCAAUGGGUUCACUGAACACUCUAUUCGCAAAAUCGAUUUCGUCAGAGGCAAGGUGACACAAUGGGGAAAUUGGGAGGAGCAGAUCUUGGCUGUGAAUCACAAGAAGAAGCAGUUGAAGUUGUCCGUCGUUCGCGGCGGACCCCUGAAUCAAUGUCGCACCUUCAAGAUCACUACGGCCGUCAAACCCUUACUCGAAGAAGAGCCCAUGUACAAUGGCUGCGUGGUGAAAUGGAAGUGUGAAUAUACGAACUCAAGGGACUUGAAUCUUAAAGCAAUGCAUAUACUGGUUCUCGCCACCUUCAGGAAUCUGGAACUCGAACUCCUCUCGUCGGCUUCCAGACAAAAACGUUGAUUCCUACCAAGCAGCUGGCGUUUUUUCCUACCAUUUUGAUAAUUUUUGGAAAUUUAAAUAUGUGUACGUGUUCUUGUUUUCUAAAAACCUGUCUGUGGUCUAUGUUUGAAGGGUAUAAAAAUAAAUAACCCCC